GAAAAUACAAGCUGUUAAAAUGAGAUCUUUUUCUUUCAGAAAUUCAUAAAAUAAGAUUUUGUAACUUAUAUCGCAAGAGAUUACAAUUAUAUUUAUUUUUAAUAUUCUUAACUUUCAUUUUAAAACAAUGGUCUUCGAAUCGCUUGUGGCGAGUCUUUUAAACAAAUUUUUAGGUGAUUAUGUGCAGAAUUUUGAUAGCUCUCAGUUGAAAUUAGGAAUAUGGGGAGGUGAUGUAACAUUGAAAAAUUUAGAUGUUAAAGAGAGUGCCCUGGAUGAUUUAGAUUUGCCAAUCAAAGUUAUUUCAGGCCAUCUAGGGAAGCUUGUUCUUAAAAUCCCUUACAAGAACAUCUACACAUCACCAACGAUUGCUAUCAUCGAAGGAUUGUUUGUUGUCGUAAUUCCAAAUCAAGGCAUAAAGUAUGAUGCAGAAAAAGAAGCUAAAGCUGCCCAAGAAGCCAAACAAGCAGAACUUUUACGAAUUGAAGAAGCAAAAGCAAAAGCUUCUGAUAAAGGUGGUGGUAAAGAAGAAAAAAAAGAUACAUUUACAGAAAAGCUAAUAACUCAGAUAAUCAAAAAUUUGCAAGUUAAAAUUAAAGACAUUCACCUUCGCUAUGAAGAUAAUUUUUCAGAUCCUAAACUUCCAUUCAGCUUAGGGUUUACUUUGCAUAAUCUUUCCUUUGAAACAACCGAUGAAAAGUGGACACCUGCUGUGAUACAAGAAAGUGUAAAUAUUAUCCAUAAGCUUGUCGUCCUUGACAGUCUGGCAGUUUACUGGAACAGCAGAUCACCAUUAUUUCAUAAAAUGUCUAUUGAAGACAGGCAGAAAGCAAUGGAGAAAAGCAUAGCCACGUCAACCUUUACUCCUAAUGACGUAAUGUAUAUGCUUGGCCCUAUAAAUUCCAAAGCUCAACUUCAAUUAAAUUCCAAACCUGAAUUAGAUGGAACUGGAUUCAAAACGCCUAAAGUUUGGUUAAAUGUUGUGAUGGAAGAGAUUGCUGUUGGGCUUUCAAAGCUACAAUAUCAAGAUCUGAUCAAGUUGUUAGAAUCUCUUGACAGGAUGACUGUUGCUUCUUUGUAUAGAAAAUACAGACCAAAUGUGCAAAUAGCUAACCAUGCAAAACAAUGGUGGCAAUUUGCAAUAACUGCUGUUCUUGAAGAAGAUAUUCGUCGCAAGCGCCGUAACUGGUCUUGGGAUAAUAUGAAAUCCCACCUCGACAAUUGUAAGAAGUACAAAGAGCUUUAUGUCAUGAAGUUAUCUGGUAAAAAAAUGAAUCACGAAACUGUUGCAGAGUUAAAUAAUCUUGAAAUGGUGCUGGAUCUGUUUAACAUCACACUUGUCAGAAAGCAAGCAGAACUUGAAAUUUUAAGAAGUUCAAAAAAGGAUGCAAAGCAGCAGUCUUGGGGUGGAUGGUUUGGCAGCUUUUUUUCUAAAAACCAGCAUCAAGAGACAAAUGAUGAAACCACAGGAGCGAAAAUUGCAAAGCAACUAGAAGAAGCCAUGACAGCUGAUGAGAAGCAAAAAUUAUAUGAAGCAAUUGGUUAUCAGGAACAGGUUGUAGCUACUGAAUACCCUAAGGAGUUCAUUGAGAACAAACUUUUGUUUCUUCUGCACAAUCUUACUCUAGUGCUUUCAGAUGAAACAAGAAGUGAUUCCCAAGUUUUGAAAGUGAAUUUGAAAGAAGUUUAUGCUUGUAUUGAGCAAAGACCAUCCGCGCAAGCUUUAAGCUUUGAUUCAAAAAUUGAAAGCUUUGUAGUUCAAGGCAUACCUGCAAAAAAGCGAAUUCCUACAAUCGCUACCUCUCGUCUGUCAUCCAAAAGUAAUAUACCUCUACUUCAGAUAUAUUUUGAAACAAAUCCUUUAGAUGAAUCUUGUGAUCAGCGAUUGCAUGUUCAAGCUCAGCCAUUAGACAUCACAUAUGAUGCAGUUACUGUAAAUAGUUUAGCAGAAGUGUUCAAACCACCUGAAACAACAGCAUUACAACAGUUGCAAGCAACAGCUAUGUUAAAGUUUGAAGAGAUGAAAGAAAUGUCAGCAUUAGGUCUACAACAUGCCAUAGAACUACAUAAGUACUUAGAUUUGAAGAUUGAUAUGCAGCCAAUUUUUAUAAUAAUACCUGAAAAUGGUGCCCUUGACGAAAAUUCUAAUCUUAUUGUGGUUAGCCUUGGAAAUUUCACUAUGGAUAGUCAUAAAAGAGACCCAAUGUCUCCUACUGUUAAAAGUCUUAUAAGAGAUGGAAGUACAGAGGCAGAGGUCCUAUCUACUAUGAUAGAUAAAGCUUAUGAUAAAUUUGAAAUUUCUUUGAAGAAUAUGGAAAUUCUCCUGGCUUCACCUUAUGAUGAUUGGAAGGAAUCUGUGGGCCAAUUGGACGAUAAAAAGCAUAUUCUUUAUCCAUUAACAAUUAACGUUGCUUUUCAUAAAUCAAUAGUUACUAUUGAUCCUCGACUACCUCAAAUGCGAAUAGAAGGAGUUCUUCCCUGUUUAGAUCUUGGAGUCUCGGACUAUCAAAUUUCUCAACUGAUCAAAAUAGCGACAAGUAUUCCACUGCCUGAAAGUAGUCCACCUCCUGAAGUUUCUUUUGAUAAUCAGACUUUGUCUUCAGCUGCAGCUGCUGAUUUUAUAAAAUCCAAAACUGUGCAUCAGAUGAAAAAAGAAGCUGUUGAAACUGUUAAAAAUGCAUCAACAUCAGAAAGUGACGAGGAAACUAUUUCUGUAAAAGAAGUUGCUCAGAGUACAAGCUUGGAAUUUAAAUUUGAAAUCGAACAAAUAUCUUUUGGCAUCUCAAAGCAUGUUGAAAAAGAUGAUUAUGAUCAAAACAUCUUAAAAUUUUCAAUCCUUAAAUUUGGAACUAAUUUCACCAUGAGAACUUUUGACAUGGCUGCAAACAUGUACCUUGGAGGAAUAUGCUUGGAACAUUUUGAAUUUAAAGAUUUACGAGGAAAUGCUUUAAAAGUUAUUUCAACUUCAGUGCAAGAAGCUACUGAUAAUUUAUUCUCGUUGAAAUACUUGGCAGCUGAUAAAAAAGCUCCUGAUUUUGCGAGUGUGUAUGAAUCUACACUGCAGGCAAUAAAUGCUGAUUUUAGUCAGCUAACUGUUAUUUUACAUCAGGAAUCAAUUUUGAGAAUCAUGGACUUUUGUAACACAUUACUUAGCAGUGCUCAGCCCGCAUUGAAAACUGAAGUUUCCAGUCUUGAAAUAGUUCCUGUGAGAAAAAAGACUUCAAGUGAAGAAAAAGUAAAAUCAAAAACUGUUUCUAAGAAGAAAGCAGACGAUAAAGUUAUUGAUAUGAAGCUCACAGCAGCUCUAGAUUCUAUUAAUUUAUUAAUUCGUAAUGAAAAAUAUGAAUUAACAGAUCUCCAGAUAAAAGGUAUGAAUGCAUCUGUUACAAUACAAAAAUCGAAAACUACAGUUUCAGCAUUCCUGAAGGACUUUGUGGUGGCAGAUCCUACCCCAAAGGCUCUUUAUCCUCAAAUUGUUAGUACUGUUGCUGGAGAAGUUUUGGAUGUCAAAUUAUCCAUACACAAUAAUGCUACUGAUGAUGAAAGCUACAUUGACAUGAAUGCUGUGGAUAUGGAUAUUUCUGUUAGCUUUGGAAGAAUGAAAAUUGUGUUCCUCAAUAAAUUUGUGUCUUCCUUGCUAGCUUUCCUCGAUCACUUUCAAGAUGCCAAGGAUAAAGUUGCAGAAGCAAGUGCUGCUGCUGCCGAAGUUGCUAAAAAAAAUAUGGAAGAGGUUUAUGAAAAGUCAACAAGGAUUUUAUUGAAUAUUAUAAUUCAAGCUCCUGUUAUAGUUACUCCACAAAAUUCUUCAUCUACUAAUGCGAUUGUUGCUGAUUUAGGAAUUCUGAAAAUCAUCAAUCGUUUUACACUUGGUGAACAGCGGAAUGAAUUAGGAAUUCCAGGAAUAUUUGAAAAAAUGGUGUUAGAUUUACAAAACCUUCAACUUUUUAGGUACAUUGUUCGAUUAAACAUAACUUCUAGAUUGAAAUCUCGUUUGAAUUUUAAGAUUGAAUAUCCUUUAGCUCUUGUGAACCCUGAAACUCUAGAUGUCGUUGCGCAGUGUCUAAUUUUAGAACCCAUCAGCUUUUUAUUAGAUGUUAUUCGCAAUCACUCAAGUAAUUGGCUCUCUGAUGUUCCUGAAAUGCAAGUGUCUGGAAGACUUGCUGCUGUAAAAGUAUCUUUAAGUCAGGAUGAUUAUAACAUUGUUAUGAGUGUCUUAAGUGAAAAUUUAACUGAGCUUCCUGAGGGGAUGGAACAACAAUGCACUACUAAUGCUGUUUCCACUUCCAAUGACCUAAAGAAAAAGUCAUCUGAAACAGCCACUUCAGUUGGAAAAAAAGUAUCUGUCUGUGAUGUUGUAAAGUGUAAAGUGCUGCCUCGAUUUAAAUUUGACUUUGUUAUGGAUAGUGUUACUGCCACAUUAUACAGUGGGGAAAAGCCUCUUGUUGAAGGAUUAAAUCACAGAGAAAACCAUUUUUCAAUGGCAGCAGUAGAAAUCAAGGCUUUAGAUUGUCGUGCAGUAAUAAUGUCAGAUUCUUCUAUCAUUGCUGAUAUUAGUUUACUUGAUGUAACAUUGGAUGAUACAAGGUGUGGACGUAAAAGUGGUAUUAGGAGGCUAAUGGAGCGAUCAGUCACAGAUGGCUUAUCAAACAUGAUAUCGAUUGAAUUUAAGCAAGGCAAGGAAGGAGAAAGAAUUGUGCAUACAGCAGUAUCCAGUUUCUCACUGGUUUUUUGCCUUGAAUAUAUAAUGAUGCUAGGAGAAUUUUUUUCUGGUUCUUCCAAACCUCAGCCAGCUACUCGUACCAUUUCCGAUCAGUCUGAAAAUCAUCAAAAACUACCUGUAAUAGCUCCUCAUUCUGUUUCUGAAGAUAGCCUUAGUCAAAGUAACAAUGCCAUGGUUAUUAUUUUGAAACUGAAGAAACCAGACAUAGUACUUAUUGAAAAUAUUGAAGAUGAAUACUCAAAUGCUAUUUUUCUAAAUAAUGAAAUUGAUCUGAGGAUGACAAUUGCUGGGCCGUCCCAAUCAAUAUCAGGAUCAAUAACUAACUUAACUUUUUACACCGCCUGUUUUCACUCUUCAAAAAGACACGAGACCUCUGCAAAGAUUCUUAGUCCAUGUGAUAUUGAUAUUCAGUGUAACUUUCGUGAACAUUCUCAGCAUAUGGAUAUAAUGUUCAGAGAUCUUAUACUUCAUAUUUCGCCUGGAACUGUACACCUGAUUACCAAUAUAUUAUCAUCUAUAGUUACAGAACCGGCAAAAGAAAAUGUUGAAGCUGUUGAAGAUGACAAAGAUUUCACUGAUAUUUGGCUGCCAAAGUCAUUGAAUAAAAGCAAAUUUUGGUUUUUAGACACAGUAUGUGCUGAAGAUGCUCUUGAAGAGUUGAAUGAAGAUUCUGCAUCUGACAUCAUUAUGCUCUUUACUAUGAGGAAAGUUGUCAUUACCAUUGAAGCUGGUGUCGGAACUCGUACCGUCCCAAUGCUGUUAAUGGAAUCAUCAUUUCAAGCAGAUAUACGAGAUUGGGCUAGCAAUCUGUAUGUUGGAAGUUCUUUCAGCCUAGAGAUGUCUUAUUACAAUGAAAAAAUUGCUGUUUGGGAACCUCUGAUCGAGCCCAUUGAAACUUCUAAAGGUCAUCGUUCUUGGGAAUUGAUGAUGGAACUAUCAAAAGAAGUGGAUGCAUUAGAAUUAAGUCCUGAUGAUGAUGAGCCAGAUGAAGUAGUUUUUGAGCCACCUCAAAUGAGUAUUCAAAUUGUUGCUCAAGAUGUUUUGGAAUUAACAGUCAGCAAAAGAGCUAUGGAUGUGCUCUCUCAUCUUGGUGCAGCAUUUCAAGAAGCUGUUACCAAAGCUGUUGGUAAAGAGCCUCCUGAACCAUAUGCUCCAUAUCAUGUUAAUAACUAUCUUGGAAUUCCAGUGCACAUAAUCUUGACAGAUAGAAUAUUUCAGAUAUUAAAUGAAGAAAAUAACUAUAACUGUGUUAAACUGGAAUCUGGUUGCCCUGCUUUAAACUUGUCUUUCGCCACCAACAAAAUGGAUCCCUCAAGUAGACUUUCCAUUUUAAAGAAACAGGAUGCAAAAGAGGAAACAUAUUUCAACAUAAUGUUGCAGAUUACUCAAGAGGACAUGGUUGUAGAGAGAAAGAUAUCAGUUGCAUGCACAGACAAACGUUUCUAUCAACUGCCUCGAACUACUUAUCCAGGAAAUAAAUGGGGUUUUGUUAUUUCAAUCCUUUCUAUGGAUGGGUCUAAGUUUAUAACAUUUCAUUCCAUUCUCAAGAUACAAAAUUGUUUUUCUGUUCCUAUUGAUAUAUAUUUUAUGAAGCAAUCCCUGAAUGAAGUUGAAUGGUGUGCUUGUGCUGAAUCAAAUAAAGUUGAAUACCUACCUCUUCAUGCUGUUUAUAGUUCUACCAGUGAGCUUUUCUUCAAACCGAAGCAUUUAGAUCCCUCAUAUACACUCUCUUUGCCUUCUUUUGUAUGGAAAGAUUUGACAGAUGAUCCUUACACGCAAAAAACUGUCUUUUGUAAAGAUAAGAGCUCUUCUGCAAAAUCAUUCUACAUUAGUGUUUCAGGUGAACCAGAACGUAUUUAUUAUGAAGAGACGAACCGAAAAACUAUGUCUAGCUCUAUUUAUACCUUGAACUUAAGUCCUACAGCUGUUCUCAGAAACUUGCUCCUAUAUCCUAUCAACUAUUCCAUGCAGGGUGUAGAUAAGGAAUAUUGUUUAAAAGAAGGAGAAAGUCAAGAUUUGUGGGCAGUAGAUUUGGAUAAAACAGGUUUAGAGAUCAGAUUAAGGAAUUAUUUGGACCGGGAUUGGACUUGUUACCAAGUUUUAAAAAAGGAAAUGGAAGAACUCAGUGUAUGGAUUUUUGAAUCAUCCACAAGUGAUAGGACGCUACACCUGGAAUUAGGAAUGCACAUUCAAAAGUCAAAAGGCUCUCUCAUAAUGCAGCUUUAUUCCCCGUUUUGUAUGAUUAAUAAGACUGGUCUGAUGCUAACUUACAGAGGUGAUGAAGAUAAUCUUAUUGUGCAUCCUGCAUCUAUGAAUCCUGUGUUGUUCUCAUUUAAAGCUAAAGCAUUUUUUGCAAAGAAAAAAGCUUCUUUGAGAGUUGAAGAUUCGGAAUGGUCUGACAAGUUUUCAUUGGAUGCUGUUGGUAGCUCAGGAACUGUCGUAACUAAAACGAAAGAUGGAAGAACAUGUGGGCUUGGUGUGCAAAUCAAACUGAGUCAAGCUGGAUUAACAAAGAUGAUCGUUUUCACACCUUACUACUUACUUGUGAACAACUGUCAGUAUGAUAUAGAAGUUCAAGAAUCGGACACUAGUGAAUGGAUUAAAGUGCCAAAGCAAGAAUGUAUACCAUUUUGGCCAAAAAAUACUAUCAAAGCUGAGAUGGCUGUUAAAUAUUGUGAUGAAGAUCAACAUUCUUGCUUAUUUUCUUUUAAAGAAGCUCAUAAAACCUGUUUAGCUUUAAAAUCAAAGAGAGGUGGCAUAACGGUUGACUGUCAAACGACGGAAUCAUCCAUCAUAAUUACAUUUGAAGAUUACAUCCCUGGUCGUGCUACAGCUUUGCUAGUGAAUGACUUGGAGAACUUUCCUAUUUUCUUUCAACAAAGAAAUUGUUCUGAAGAAAUUCAGCUUGAACCAAAAUCAAGUAAACUCUUUUCAUGGAUGAAUCCUCUAGAAAAGCGCAUCUUAAAUUGGAAAUGUGGUGACGAUCAAGGAGAACAUGACUUACUAAAGGAUGGUAUUGGUGAACUAGAACCACAGACUAAUCACAAAGUUUACUGGGUGUCAUUCUUUGAUGAUAUGCAAAGAGUUCUCUUAUUUACUACUGAUCUUGCUCUUGCUACUGCUGCACAAGAGGCUGGAGAACUUGAAAGAAUUGAGCAAGAAAUUACUGUUUCACUUCAAGGUGUUGGAAUUUCCCUUGUUGAUAAUGACAUUAAGUCCGAAAUUAUGUACAUGGGCAUUACCAGCACUGGAAUUGUUUGGGAAUCAAGGAAGAAGAAAAGCAAGCGAUAUAAGGCUUUAAGUAUAAAAGAUGGAGACAUAAUAGAACUUGCUUAUCAGAAAUAUCAUAAUGAGAUCAAAGUGGGAAGGAAACCUAAAUCUCGUGUAUUGUUGCAUAACAGGAUAGAAAUAGAUUUUGAAGAAAUGGUAAUGACAAAACCUAAUGUCAGAUGCCUGAGAAGAACAUAUCAAACAGGCCUUUGGCUACAGUACAAAACUUCUCCUCAUCAGCUUCAGCUUCAUGCAAAAAUCAAUAGACUUCAGAUUGAUAAUCAGCUCUUAGAUUGUGUGUUCCCUGUUGUUUUAGCGCCAGUGCCUCUACCAAAAUCAAUAGCUGCUGAAACAGUACCAAAACCCUUUACGGAGCUCAGUGUAAUGUUAAGAAAGGCAGAACACAGUGCUGUGCCUCAAUUUAAGUAUUGUAAAAUGCUCAUUCAAGAAUUCCACAUCAAACUGGAUCAAGGUUUCAUUAAUUCCAUGCUCCUAUUUUUUACUGCUGAUCAGGCACCUGAAAUUGAUCACGUUAAAAUUCUAGGUUUAGAUAAAGCGCUUACUGAAUCAUCUUUGAAGGAUGUAGCUGCUGUGUAUUGCUCACAAGAACAGCAAAAUUAUUUUGACAAUUUACAUUUUUCACCACUAAAGGUACACAUUAGCUUCUCUAUGACUGGUGGAAGUCAGGAUAGUAAUAAGCCAACAGCUAUUCAUUCUGACUUUCUGAACUUACUUUUGCAAAGUGUGGGAGUAACCCUUACAGAAAUACAAGAUGUCAUCUUCAAAUUAGAUUACUUCGAAAGACAGCAUGUUUUCAUUAGUCAAAAACAACUUAUUUCUGAAGUUACUAGUCACUAUGUUGGCCAGGCAGUGAAACAGCUAUAUAUGCUAGUUCUUGGGUUGGAUGUUAUUGGUAAUCCAGUCGGAUUGCUAAUUGGAUUAGGAGAAGGAGUAACGGAUCUUUUCUAUGAACCCUUCCAAGGUGCUAUCCAAGGUCCUGAAGAAUUUGCUGAAGGCCUUGCUCUGGGUGUUAAAUCAUUAUUUGGUCAUGCAAUAGGUGGAGCUGCUGGCGCUGCUUCACGUAUUACGGGCACACUUGGAAAAGGAAUUGCCGCCUUAACACUCGAUAAGGAUUAUCAAAAGAAGCGGCGUCAAAACAUAAGUCGAAGGCCUCAAGAUUUUACUCAUGGUAUUGCUGAAAGUGGCAAAGGUCUUGUUAUGGGUGUUUUUGAUGGUGUAACUGGCAUUGUGACUAAGCCCAUUGAAGGAGCAAGAGAAGGUGGAGUUGGAGGCUUCUUUAAAGGGGUAGGAAAGGGCCUUAUUGGUGUGGUGACAAGACCCACAGCAGGAGUUGUUGAUUUUGCCAGUGGAUCAUUAGAAGCUGUGAAGCGAGUGACUCAGGUAUCUGAUGAAGUGAAGAGAUUGCGUGUGCCACGAUUUGUUCAGCCCGAUGGCAUAAUUCGACCGUAUGUAAAAAGAGAAGCUGAAGGAAAUAAAUUACUGCUGGAGGUAGAGAAAGGUAAAUAUUCAAAUACUGAUGUGUACUUGGCCCAUGUACCAGUUUCUGAUGAAAAAUUAUUUUUGCUAGUUACAAAUAACCGAGUUAUGUACAUUGAAAAAGGAGAGAUAUUUGGUCAGUGGAACACAGUGUGGGAAUACAGAUUUGAAGAAAUCAAGGAACCACCUGCUGUAACUGAUAAAGGGCUAAGGAUAAUGUUGAAAGAACCUCAAAAGAAAGGAAUAUUUAGCAAAUCAGUUGCUGGUAAACUUGUGCAUAUAGUGGAUCCUGUGACUUGUAAGUGGAUUGCUGAUAAAAUUACAGAAGCAUUAAGAAAGUGAAAAAAAUGCAGUUGUGAAAGCUUUUUAAUCAGUACAAGUACUUGAAAUUAUCAGCCCAAUUUGGUAGAAAAUUCAAUUUUCUUUCGAAUUUGCUCAGCCGUCCAAAGGAGAAGCAUUAAAUGACAAUUAUUUUGUUCAACUGUUCCUGAAAAUCUUCUCCAAUGGAUAAUGGUUAAAUGACUUUUAAAAAUCCAAAAAUGUUGGAACUAUAUAUAUAUAGUUAACUCUUGAUUAUCUGUGGAAUAGGGUGGCAUGGUAAUCCCCGAUAAUCUGAAUAAUAUUAAAAAACGAUACUUAGCAUGUACUAUGGCUGAAACAUAUUAAUAACACUUGCAUGUACAUUGCUACAUUGCAUCUACAACAUUGAAUGUAAAAUAUGUAUGUAAAAUCUAAAAUCGAACAAUAACACAAUCAUAAUUCAAAAACAAAAA